AUGGCUGUAGCAAUCCCAAGGUUGCGUCCGCCCGUCGACCUCGCUUCCCUCGCCCAUCGCUCUCGCUUCCCCCGCCAGUCGCUCUCGCUUUCCCCGCCUACCUCCCUCGCCUCGCCCGUCCCCCUCGCUGCUUCCCCGCCCGCCGCCCUCGCUUCCGCCCGUCGCCCUCGCAUCCGCCCGUCACCCGCCCUUCCGCCCGCCGUCCUUCCUUCCCCUCGUCGCGCUCCCUUCCGCCCGUCGCCCUCCCUUCGUCUUGUCGCCCUCCCGUCCUCCCGUUGCCUUCCCUUCCGCCCUCCGCCCUUCCUUCCCCUCGUCGCGCUCCCUUCCGCCCGUCGCCCUCCCUUCGUCUUGUCGCCCUCCCGUCCUCCCGUUGCCUUCCCUUCCGUCCUCCGCCCUUCCUUCCCCUCGUCGCGCUCCCUUCCGCCCGUUGCCCCCCUUCGUCUCGUCGCCCUCCCUGCCGCUCGUCGCCCUCCCUGCCGCUCGUCGCCCUCCCUGCCGCUCGUCGCCCUCCCUGCCGCUCGUCGCCCUCCCUGCCGCUCGUCGCCCUCCCUGCCGCUCGUCGCCCUCCCUGCCGCUCGUCACCCUCCCUCCCGCUCGUCCCCUCGCAAUCCCCGUCUAUCUCUCUCCCCCGUCGCCCUCGGUUUCCCCGCCGCCCUCCCAUCCACUCCUCGUUGCCCUCGGCAUCCCUCCCUUGCUCCCUUCACAUCUCGCACACUUGUCACGCCCCCUUUCCAACCCGCACUUACACCCUUCCCUCUCCCCAAUAAUCGCCUUUCACCCCCACACAGCUUACCUCUCUUCCUCUUCCCCCCAUCAAUUGCCCUGCUCCCCACCGUCCUCCCCCCAGCUCUCUCCCCGGCAUCUCUCCCGCUCCCCACGUCUUCUUCCCUGUUUCGCCGUAUCCCCUGCGCUGCUUCCCCCCAUUCUCUGACUUGCUUCCCCCCAUCCCUUUCCCUGCUCCCCCCCGUCCACUCCCUUGCCUCCCCCCAUCCCCGUCCCUGCUUUCCCCCAUCCCCUUCCCUGCUUCCCCCCGUCCCCUCCCCUGCCCCCCCCCAUCCCCUUCCCUGCUUCCCCCAUCCCCUUCCCUUCUUCCCCCCAUCCCCUUCCCUGCUUCCCCCCAUCCCCUUCCCUGCUUCCCCGCAUCCCGUUCCCUGCUUCCCCCCAUCCCCUUCCCUGCUUCCCCCCAUCCCCUUCCCUGCUUCCCCCCAUCCCCUUCCCUGCUUCCCCCCAUCCCCUUCCCUGCUUUCCCCCAACCCCUUCCCUGCUUCCCCCCAUCCCGUUCCCUGCUUCCCCCCAUCCCGUUCCCUGCUUCCCCCCAUCCCGUUCCCUGCUUACCCCCAUCCCCUUCCCUGUUUCCCCCCAUCCCCUUCCCUGCUUCCCCCCAUCCCCUUCCCUGCUUCCCCCCAUCCCCUUCCCUGCUUCCCCCCAUCCCCUUCCCUGCUUCCCCCCAUCCCCUUCCCUGCUUCCCCCCAUCCCCUUCCCUGUUUCCCCCCAUCCCCUUCCCUGUUUCCCCCCAUCCCCUUCCCUGCUUCCCCCCAUCCCCUUCCCUGCUUCCCCCCAUCCCCUUCCCUGUUUCCCCCCAUCCCCUUCCCUGCUUCCCCCCAUCCCCUUCCCUGCUUCCCCCCAACCCCUUCCCUGCUGUCGACCUCGCUUUCCCCCUCCCGUCAACCUCGUUUUUCCACUCCCGUUGACUUCACUUUCCCCCGUCCGUCGCCCUCGUUUCCACUCCCCUUGCUCCAUCUGUUUCCCCUUGCUCACUCUUUUUCGCCCUUCUCACACUCUUCCCCCUCCUCUUUUUCCACCUUGCUCACUAUAUUCCCCACUACUCACUCUCUUUCCCUCUGCUCACAAUCUUCCCACCAGCUCACUCUCUUCCCCCCUCCUCACUAUGUUUAG